AUGGCAACCUCAACCGUUGGAUCAACCGCCGAUAGCCUGUCAAAACUCCACAUCGACGGCGGUGAUGAUUGUACCGCCGCCGCUUCCAACCUCGUUAAGAAUCUCUCUCUCCUCUCCCCUGAACAGGUGGAGCUGGCGAAGAUGCUUCUGGAAAUGGGCCAGAGCCAUUUGUUCGAACAUUGGCCCGAGCCCGGCGUCGACGAUGACGAGAAGCGCGAGCUUUUCAAUCAGGUGGCUCGACUUAACUCAAGUUAUCCAGGAGGACUGCCGUCAUACAUCAAAACUGCUAGGGAACUAUUGGCAGAUUCAAAGGCUGGGAAGAAUCCGUAUGAUGGCUUUAUGCCCUCUGUUCCAUCUGGGGAGAAUCUGACUUUUGGCGAUGAUGCGUUUAUUCAAUAUGAGGAUGCUGGUGUCAAGGAGGCACAUAAGGCUGCAUUUGUCCUUGUUGCUGGAGGCCUUGGGGAACGUCUUGGGUACAAUGGUAUAAAGGUGGCUCUACCUUCAGAGACAACUUCAGGAGCAUGCUUCUUACAGCACUACAUUGAAUCUAUUCUAGCCUUACAAGAAACUAGCUGCAGGCUAGCCCAAGGUGAUGGCCCGACAGAGAUUCCACUGGCUAUAAUGACAUCAGAUGACACUCAUUCACGUACUGUGGAACUUCUAGAAUCAAAUGCUUAUUUUGGGAUGAAACCCACACAAGUAAAAUUGUUAAAGCAGGAAAAAGUUGCUUGUUUGGAUGACAAUGAUGCCAGGUUGGCUGUGGAUCCACGUAACAAAUAUAGCAUUCAGACAAAACCUCAUGGCCAUGGUGAUGUUCAUUCACUUCUUUAUUCGUCGGGAGUUCUUAAAGAAUGGCAUGAUGCUGGUCGGAGAUGGGUUUUGUUUUUCCAAGACACUAAUGGUCUUCUAUUCAAGGCUAUUCCUUCAGCAUUGGGAGUCAGUGCCACCAAGGGGUACCAUGUGAAUUCUCUUGCUGUUCCACGGAAAGCUAAGGAAGCUAUUGGAGGCAUUACAAAGCUUACUCACCAAGAUGGGAGGACAAUGGUGAUCAAUGUGGAAUACAAUCAACUUGAUCCAUUGCUUAGAGCUAGUGGCUAUCCAGAUGGUGAUGUCAACUCUGAAACAGGAUAUUCUCCUUUCCCUGGAAACAUAAACCAACUCAUUUUUGAAAUUGGCCCUUAUUUGGAAGAACUCACAAAGACAGGAGGUGCCAUAAAGGAAUUUGUUAACCCCAAAUACAAAGAUUCAACUAAAACUGCAUUUAAGUCCUCUACGCGACUCGAAUGUAUGAUGCAAGAUUAUCCCAAAACACUUCCUCCUUCAGCUAGAGUUGGAUUUACUGCGAUGGAUGCUUGGGUUGCUUAUGCACCUGUAAAGAACAAUCCUGAAGAUGCAGCUAAGGUACCCAAGGGUAAUCCAUAUCACAGUGCUACUUCUGGAGAAAUGGCCAUAUAUAAGGCGAACAGCCUCAUCCUGAGAAAGGCUGGUGUUAAGAUAGAUGAUCCAAUCCUUCAAGUGUUGAACGGACAGGAGGUGGAAGUAUGGCCUCGUAUUGUAUGGAAGCCAAAAUGGGGGCUCACAUUUUCUGAUGUUAGAAGCAAAGUCCAUGGUAACUGCUCUGUUACACAAAGAUCUACCAUGGUCAUAAAGUCCCCAAAUUGCCACCUUGUGGAUCUAUCCUUGAAUGGAGCUCUUAUCAUCGAUUCUUCUGAUGGUACAGAGGUUGAAGUGGCAGGUGCGGUGCAAAACAAGGGAUGGACCAUUGAAAGUGUUGACUAUAAAGAUACUUCAGUACCUGAAGAAUUGAGGAUAAGAGGUUUCAAAAUAAACAAGAUCGAGCAGUUGGUGAAGCCGUAA